UAUUUACAAUAUAUACGAAACACAUGUGACUGUAAUGUAAAGUACUUUAAAUUUAUUAACAAUUUAUGGUUUCAUUUAACUCAUGAGUUAUUUGUCUUGAGCUACCAAUAAGUGAUGCAAAACGACGACGUGAUUUGGAGUGUUCUCAACGGAACCUUCUGUUCACAUAAAGUACAGACAAAAACACAACACUUUUGUCGAAAUGAAUUCAAUGUUAACGGUCUUUGCAGCCGAACUUCGUGUCCGUUGGCUAACAGUAACUACGCGACGGUUCGCGAAGAGAAAGGCGUUUGUUAUUUGUUUAUAAAGACCAUCGAAAGGGCGGCAUUUCCGGCAAAAUUGUGGGAAAAAAUUAAGUUAUCGAAGAACUACGAGAAGAGUUUGGAACAAAUCGAUAAACAUUUGAUUUAUUGGCCAAAACAUAUGAAACACAGAUGUAAACAAAGAUUGACUAAAAUAACACAAUAUUUAAUACGAAUGAGACGUUUGGCGUUAAGGCGACAGAAGAAAUUGGUUCCGAUUCAGUCUAAAGUUGAACGAAGAGAACGCAGACGUGAAGUGAAGGCUUUAUUGGCCGCCAAACUCGACAACGCCAUCGAAAAAGAACUAUUGGAAAGACUGAAAAAGGGAACGUAUGGUGAUAUGUAUAACUUUCCUCAAACAGCAUUUGAAAAGGCACUCAAAGACGAUGAAGAAGAGAGCGAUAGAGAAUCGGUUAAAGAAAAAGAAUUGGAAGAAGAAAUGGAAGUAAGCGAUGACGACAACGAAGAAACUGUUGAAUAUGUGGCGGCAAAUGAUUUCGAAGAAAGCGAUGAAUCAGAUAUUGAAGAUUACAAUAAAGUUGAUAAAAGCAGUGAAGAGUCAUCAAGUGAUGAGAGUGACAAUCAAUCGAAGAAUCGUAAGAAGAAAUCACAAAAGAAAUCAAUUAAGAGAUCCAAAGUUGAGAUGGAAUUCGAAAGAGAGUUCGAAACAGCCGGUCCUUCGCGUAUCAAAUAAUUAUACAUUUUUUGUAUUUAAUAUCA